AUGAUCACUAUGUCACACCAGCUCAACCCCGAUACAAAAAUGGAAACAGCUGCCCUUAAAAGAGUUUUCAUCAGUCUUCCAAAGAAGUAUUAUGCUGAUUUGUCAAAAGCUUAUGAAUUGGAACAUGGAUUAUUUAUAAUAGGUUUGUACCCCUAUUUGAAUGAAGGAUAUAUUCAGGCAUAUUUCAGAGAAUGGGGGAACGUCACUAGUUGCAAGAUAAAGAAAACUGAAGACAAGAAAUCAGUGGCAUAUGUGAGGUUUUCCAGUGAGAAGGAAGCGGACGUAGCAGACUGGAACGGCCCCCACUGUAUUGGAGGAACUGAAGUGACAGUGAAAAGAGUGGUUAGUCCUAAACUGGAAGGAGAGGAGGAGAAGCAGACAGCUUCAGAGGUGUCCAAACCUCGGCCCAGGCGGUCCAUGGGCCUGGGAUACAUACUUGAAGAUGCCCAAUGGUUGGAUAAUGAGAUGGACCCCUGA